CUAGCUUCGUAGCUAUCAAAAUGGCAGCUCAAGUUGACCACCGAGGACCGAAUCAAUCCAGGGGCCGUUGCUACGAUGUCAGGAACCAACCAGGAGCCUUUGAGACCUGAAAUAAGAAGCUACUACUUCAUCACGUAAUUUACGGCUAAAGAGGUGCAAUGUUGGGCGGACACAUUCGGUGUACAUUCAUCAAUAUAAGUUGAAUGGUGAUGGUGGAUGAAUGACUGUUGGACAGUUAAACAAGAGAUCGAAGCCAAGGAGGCCUGCGAAUGGCUGCGAGCAGCCGGCUUCCCUCAGUAUGCACAGUUAUUCAAAGACAGCAGGUUCCCCAUCGACAUUGAGUUUGCCAAGAGGGAUCACCGUUUCCUGGAUAAGGAUGCUCUGGAUUCUCUCUGCAGGCGAUUAAUCACUUUGAAUAAAAGUGUGGAAUUGAGGCUGGACCUGCCCAAACCAAAACAUCAAUUGAAUGAAGACUUCAUUGACGAAGAUUUCUGCGCAAUCAGCCCUAAGUGGACCUACGACAGGGCAAUGCGACAAUGGCGGCGCAUCAACUCUUCCACAGACUUCCUCCGCUUGUCUGACAGCUCCGGCCUUCCACAGGAAAUGUCUCUAUGUGACAACCGGGAUGUCCGAGACCAUCAUGAUGUCUGCUCCAUCCACAGUUCCAGUAGCACUGAAAGUGAAAGCCAAAACAGGCGCCGUAAGCGUCACAGAGACAAUGCUGUUAACCAAAGCAACACGGAUGAUCAGGGGACCAGCAGAAGCUCCUCACGCUGCUCCUCUUCAAACAAGACUCCAUCGCUGGACAUCUCAUUCAGCGGACCCCCUUCACCGGGGGGUGUAAGUGGUGGAGGAUCAUCCACCAUGAGUCUGGAAACUGAGGCCUGCGUCACAGAGAAACCGCCUCGGAAAAAGGGGACCAGUCUGCUAAGGAAGAUGGAGAAACUGCGGUUGAGAGGAACAACAGGCCUCCUGUCUGUUCCGAGGGACAAUGGGAGUCUGGCUCAGCUGGUUGUCCGAGAAACUGCAGGGGACGGGAGGAUGGAAAGGGGCCCAUCAAGCCAAGCGUCAUCAUCACCAUCCUCACCUCACGCUAUGAGCAGCAGCAGCAGUAACAGCCAGUCAGAGAGCAGUAGCGUGGUCAGCACUCCAAGCCCAGUCACACGUGUCCGGAGUAACUGCAAACGCUCUAACAGUGGUUCCGAAAUCGGCAAGGGAAUGACAUGCAACAACCACCAGAACCAAACAGAAACAAAGGACAAGGACCAGAUCAACAACAACAUCAGCCACGAGGGCCUCCUUUUCCACAUCCCCCAAGGACAUAAACCGGGGACUUUCCCUACUUCCCUCGCACACAAACACGGUCUUCUGUCCCCCAUCAUUGAUCAAACCUCUAUCAACUGGAGAACUGGCAGUUUCCACGGUUGCCAGAGUAACCGUGGCAGUUGCCGUCGAGACAUGGCGUCGCAUGCUACCUCGUCGCCUUGUCCCAACGAUGCAGGCAUACGGCUGAGUAUCUAUGACAACGUUCCAGGUGACCACCAACUGUCUGAAAGUGAAGGUGGUAGUGGUGGAAGUGUUAGUGAUGCAGAGCGACUGGGGGAUGAGUUGGAUGUAACCCGACUGUUAGUAGGCGAGGAUGUUUUCUCUGCUCUGGACACAGUUUUAGAAAGGAUCAACAACCUGCAGAAACUUGUCUCUACCUGGACUGAAAAUCUAUCUGAAGAUGAUUCUCAGCAAGAUUCCACCUGUGCCUCCUCCUCUUCUUCUACUUCUUCCUGCUCCCACGAUUCACUCGCCCAUUGCUCUUCAGCCGUCUCCCCUUGCCCUUCGUCACCUACUUGCAUCCACCUGGUGGUGCAGAAUUCAGAGGAAGAGGAGGAGACCUGUGAGAAGAUAUCUGAAAGCGGAGACGAGUCAAAGACCAGAUCAACGCCAGACAAGACCAGCAGAGUGAGCCAGCAGCUGCACUGGUCGAGUGAGCAAAGCCUGCUGACCCUGCCAGCUAGUCCAGGGGUGGAGAACCAGUCUGUCACCCAGUUUCUUCUGCUGCAGAAGCUUGCCUUGCUCAAACUUACCGCCCUGAUGGACAAAUACUCCCCGUCCAGCAAGCAAGGCUGGAACUGGACAGUUCCGAAAUCGCUGAGGAAGACCAAGGCGACACAGGCGAAAGGGCGACGGGUUUUUGGUGUUCCCCUGCUUGUCAAUGUGCAGCAGACAGGAGAACCCCUCCCUCCCAGCAUUCUCAGGGCGCUUGUGUACCUGAAGACAGAGUGUUUGGACCAGGUGGGUCUUUUCCGGAAAUCGGGGUUGAAGUCUCGGAUCCAGUACCUCCGCGAGAUGCUGGAAUCCAGCCCCGAUGGUGUUUCCUAUGACGGACAGUCUGCUUUCGACGUAGCCGACAUGGUGAAGCAAUACUUCCGAGACCUGCCUGAGCCCAUCUUCACUUUCAAGCUGUGCGAGUCCUUCCUCCACAUUUAUCAAUAUUUUCCCAAAGAUCAACAGCUGGUCGCAGCCCAGGCAGCCAUCUUACUACUGCCAGAUGAGAAUCGUGAAGCGCUGCGAACACUGCUCUCCUUCCUGCGCGACGUAGUGGCCUGCGUGGAGGAGAACCAGAUGACCCCCACAAACAUCGCCGUGUGCCUGGCACCGUCGCUAUUCCACCUCAACGCACUGAAGAGAGACAAAAGUGCAGCCAGAGCUAGUCACAGGAAGUACAGUCAUGGGCUCCCAGACCAGCGUGAUCUAAGCGAGAACUUGGCCGCCACCCAGGGCCUUGCUGACAUGAUCACAGAGGCCCAAAGACUUUUUGAGAUUCCAGCAUUUUGGCCCUCUCAGAACUUGAGCUCUGCAGGCCAGGCGGAGGACCUUUUAAGUGAGGUUGCAGGAUCGCAGUCCCCUGGUUCUGGUAGUUGUGAGGACGAGCUGGAGGAGCGGAGAAGGAAGCUCCAGAUAAGCACCCAGCAGCUUCUGAAGGAAGCCAGGGAGAAGAGCCGAGGCUGGGAGAACCAAACUGCCCCAGAGGCGGUGACGCUGGCUCUCAAAAAGAUGGAUGAUGGUUGCCCCCUGUGGAUGUGGCGUGGCUCCGUGGAGGUGGAAGCACACCAGGAGGAUUUGUUUCACCGGCUGCUUAGGGAACAGGAGCUGUGGGAGGGAGGCUUGCACCAGACUAAUAUAAUCCAGACGUUGCCCAAUGAUGCUGAGGUAUAUCACUACCUCCUUCAGGGCCAAGGCCACGGUCUGGGCUACUGCCCUCCCCGGGAGCACCUGCUGCUCAGGACCUGGCAGGCAGACCCUUACUGUGGCCCCCUGUAUCUGUCCUCUGUGUCCACGGACCACCCCGAGGUGCGACUGGAGGGGGUCCGAGUCCACACACACUCCUGCCUCUACUUACUUGAACCCACGGGAGCGAGGAGGACCCGGCUGACCCACUUGUGUCGAACUGACACCAGGGGCCGCUCACAAGUGUGGCACCACAAAGUGAGCGGACAUCGCCUGUCUGCCGGUCUGCUGGCGAUCCAAGAGUCCUUCAGAGCUCAACACAAAGAGACCGGCAUUUGAUUGGAGGGUUUUUUUGCACUUCAAAAAAGGUAGCACUCUUCACUAUCUCUUGUCUCGUUAAACUGCAGAGCUUCACUUGUAUUCCAAAGUGGAGCUCACAAACCCACGGUGAGACCUUUCCCGACAUUGCUUCUCUUUGGCUACGCUUGAGUUUUUUCCUCCCGUCGGAGGCUUUUGAAAGGUGGUCUGUGUCUCCCCAAUGAGACAUACUCAGCUUCAUGAAGAAGGAAAAAACACUAAGGGCGGAAGCAAGGGAAAGAUGCAGCAAGCGUACGGCCCACGGACGCACACAAACACAGGAAGUAAGAAGGACAAACAGCAGGAAGUCUGGAUUUUUUUGUUGUCCAGCAGAUGUUAAAUGUGAGAAAACAGGAGGCCAUGUACUGUACCUACCUCUCCGCGGGGCGGCGCCACAAUGUUUUUGCAGAUUGACGAAAACUUAAUGAACCGCAAUGGGCGACUAUUCUGAAAGAUGACGGAUAUCCGAGCAGACUCGGCGAAUACUUCAACCUGAAUGCGGUUAUGGACGUGACGAGGGCAACCAAAACCAGCAAAGGCGCGCCAGAAAAUUGAUGGAAUUGUUCCACUCUAUUUAAUUCAACUCCAAAUAUCGGAUAUUUAAAUCAAAGCUCUCAACAAA